AUGAUUAGCGAUGGGCUUGUUGCGUACAAUGGCUCACGAGCACAAAUUGAAAUGAAAAAUGAUUUAUGUGGUCCCAAGUCUCCAUAUGAAGAAUAUUAUGAUGCUAACUAUUUCAAAUGGCAAAAACGACAUCAAAUGUUUCAAGCUACUCAUUCUGAUCCAACACGAUGGGGUCGUAUAAAACCAGAAUAUACUGUUUUAGAAAUCGGAUGUUCAGCGGGCGCUGUAUUAAAUACGGUAAAAUGUGCGAAGAAAUUUUGUGUGGAAAUCAAUUUUCAUGCAAGAGAGUACGCUGCAAAAACAUAUAACUUAACGACAUUUCGUUGUGUUGCUGAAUUACCAGACAAUGCAAUUCAUUAUGCAUAUUCAAUAUCUGUAUUGGAACAUGUUGAAGCUCCAAUAAUGCUAUUAAGACAAUUGUAUUCUAAAAUGCGUUCCGGUUCAAUGUUGGAAAUUCAAGUAAAAAAUGAAGGACGUCAGUCAGUAUCAAAUUAUUCAGAAAAACAGAAAUGGUCUUACAAAAAGCAUGACUUAAACAAUCAUAUGUAUACCUGGACAGAACUACUUUUAGGAAAUAUGAUUCAAGGUGCAGGAUUCAAGAUAAUCCGAAUUCUCAGCAGUAUAGCAGCUUAUCCUUCGAACUACGAAAAAUUACGAUUAAAAGUAACAGCGCAACAAUGGGCAAAAAUUGUAGAGGAAGAAGGAAAAAGACAAGGAAUUGAAAUACUAACAGCUUUUGCAAAAAAAUUAUAG